UUCUGUUUUUCCAUUAUUGUGCGCAAACUACCUAUUUUAUUGGUCCAGAAGCCGCGAUGAAGUUCGCUCUGCUACUGAGCUUCGCUGCCGCGUUGGCGGUCGUCGCCGCCCUUCCUGCCGCAGGGACAGCGCCCGACGCCGCACCUGCAGGUGCUGCCCCUGACUCCGCAGACGCAGCUUCUGGCUCGGCGCCCGCAGCCGCCUCCGCCCCUGCGGCUGCACCUGCGGUUGCACCUGCUGCCUCGGCAGCUUCAGCCGCACCAGCUGCUCCAGCGGCUGGUGCAGCUGCAAGUGCUGCUGCUCCUGCCCCAGCAGCAGCAGCCGCGGCUGCGCCCGCUCCUGGUUCCCUGGCGGUUGCUCCUCCCACCUUGCCCCCAGCGGUGGCCCAUAUCGUCAAGAAGUACCAGGCCGCGGCUGCGGCCCUCAAGCCCCCUGUGCCGGCGGCCGUGUGAGUCGGCAGCGCCUUGGACCGACCUCCUCGCGACGUGAGAAAGACGCAUUUAGGAAGUGUUCCAGUAUUCCGUUAUGUCUUCCGCUCAAUAAGCGCAUACAUUCAUAUAAAGCUUUUCGAUCAGUGGCAAUAAAUCAUUGAUAAAUUUACAAACCUAUUUUCCUUUUUUUCUGCCGUUGUCUUAGGGAUGUUCUUAAUAUAUACAACAUAUGAAUUAUAUGAUUCGGCCAAAUAUCUCUCACAGAGGAACACGAAUAUGAGGUUGCUGUAUGAAGCACUUUAAGCAAAAGUUAAGGGACAUAUAAAUACUGUAAGAAAUAAACUAACAAAUCAGAUAAUUAAAGGUGCUAAUUACCAAAACUAUAAACUGCCUGUCAUAUACCUAACAUGAAUCAUGUAAGAUGAUAGGAUAUUUUACUUAAAAGACUGAUGAAUAAAGAUUAAACAUGA